AUGCACCUCAACGAAUCCAUCCUAUGCGCUACCGUCCCCUCUACUUCUGGUUCUGGGCCUGGGACGCUCUCUCUCCAUGAUAUCCAGACAGGAACCUCUCUUGCAACAUGGAAGCAAACAUCUGCGGGCGCACAUUGUACCGCUGCGGUGCAGUCGCGGGACGGCCAGGGCGGCUUCAUGCUCGCAGCCCAGCAGGACAAGUCGAUCUUGAAUGUGUAUAACUUCCAAAAAGACCAGCUCGCGCUGAAGGUCGUGCUGCCGGAAAAGCUCACGGCCAUCACGGUGGACCCGAAGGGCAAGUACUGUGCCGGGGCGACCGCGCAAGGGCGGAUAUUCCUCUGGGAGAUUGCGUCUGGGAUCAUGUACAACUCCUGGGACGCGCAUUACCGACAGAUAAACGUGCUGCGCUUCACGCAGGACGCGGCCGCACUGGUUGCGGGCAGUGAGGAUUCGGGUGUUAGCGUAUGGUCAAUACCAAGGUUACUGGACGAAACGCUGCAAAACGAGUUACCGACGCCGUACUGCAGCUUCACGGACCACACAUUGCCUGUAACAGACGUCGUAUGCGGCGUCGGCGCAUUCCCCUCGUGCCGCAUUCUCACUGCCUCGGUGGACCACACUGUCAAGGUGUGGGACCCCGCCUCAAAAACCCUCCUCACGACCUUCUACUUCCCUCAACCUAUAAAAUGCAUCACAUGGGAUCCUACCGAACGGCUGUUCUUCGCGGCAUCUGCAGACGGGUCGGUCCACCAGGUGAACUUGUUCCGGCAACGCGAAGACAAGUUUAGCCGGGCAGCGAUGGAAGCUGUCGGAGGUGCGGGUGUGAGCGACGUCAUACGGAUCAACGAUGUUGAUCCCAAGGACGCGAGAAAACGGCUCAUCUCCGUCGGAGAGGCGGUCACGACAAUGGUCAUUUCCCUGACCGGAUCUAUGCUCCUCGCGGGCACUUCCUCGGGGCUCAUUCAUAUAUACGACAUCGCGUCGCAUCAGCUCCUCCGGACAUUGUCUUCACAUAAGGGCAUGACCGUCACGCACAUAUCGACGAUGCUCCGGCCGCCAGACCUCGUAGGGCACAUCAGCUUAACGCUCGGAGCGGGCACUGCGGGCGAUGCCAGAGAGAACAUCCCAGUGCGCCCCGUCGCGCCGUUCCAACGAAUUAGGGACGCGAAGGCGCGGGAGGCACACGAGGUCUCCUUGAUUAUCCCUCAUAAAACGACGUCUACCGGCGCAUUCUUCUCAUAUUCUCGGGAAGAGCUCAUCAAAGACCACGCGUUUUUCGUCCAGCCGUCUGCGGUCGGGCCGGAGGCAACGGGUGUCUCGCUGCAAUCACGCGUUUCAGAGCUGGAGAGUGAGGUAACUCGUCUGCGUGAGCAGCUGGGCAAGGCGAAGGGCAUCAACGACGUGAUGUGGGAGACGGUCGUGCAGCGCAUGGUGGCGGAGGGGAAAGAGAAGGGGCAGGACAAGGGGCGGGAGAACGGCACAGGGGCGAGCGAGGAGGGCGCAGAGCAAGGCGAGGGAGGGCGCCGGAGAAAACGCAACCGUACUUGA